GUGUGUGUGUUGGUGUGUGUGGGCUGGUUCCUCCCUGCAGUGGAGGAGAGAGGAGGAGGAGGAGAGCGGAGCUGAAGGUCACAGCUGGAGCAUCAUCUUCAUUCUCCUCAUCACCAUCACGACACUGAUUUCCGAUCGUUUAUCGAUCAGCUGAUCGGAUCUUUUCGCUGCAGGAGGAGCGCGUGAUGACGUGAGACAGGAGGAGGACGGAGCGACAGACGGAUCAGCUGCUGCAUCCCUGCGUGUCUCUGCAUCCUGUCUGUCUGCCUGUCUGUCUGACUGACUGAGGGACUGACUGUCCUCCACCUGCCUGUCUCUGUCCCUGUGUCUCCACCUGUCCCUGUGUCUCCACCUGUCCCUCCAUCAUGGGGAACCGGGGGAUGGAGGAGCUCAUCCCGCUGGUGAACCGGCUCCAGGACGCCUUCGCCUCCAUCGGGCAGAACUCGAACCUGGACCUGCCGCAGAUCGCGGUGGUGGGCGGGCAGAGCGCCGGGAAGAGCUCCGUGCUGGAGAACUUCGUGGGCAAAGACUUCCUCCCUCGUGGUUCAGGUAUCGUCACCCGACGCCCCCUGGUGCUGCAGCUCAUCAACUCUCCAACAGAGUACGCAGAGUUCCUGCACUGUAAAGGGAAGAAGUUCACUGACUUUGAUGAAGUUCGUCAAGAGAUCGAAGCUGAAACCGAUCGAGUCACCGGACAGAACAAAGGAAUCAGUCCAGUCCCCAUAAACCUGCGAGUCUACUCCCCCAACGUGUUGAACCUUACUCUGGUGGAUCUUCCCGGGAUGACGAAGGUACCAGUCGGCGACCAGCCGGCCGACAUCGAGCACCAGAUCAGAGACAUGCUCAUGCAGUUUGUCACCAAGGACAAUUGCCUCCUGUUGGCUGUUUCCCCCGCCAACUCUGACCUCGCCAACUCCGACGCUCUCAAAAUCGCCAAGGAAGUAGACCCACAAGGUCUGAGGACCAUCGGUGUGAUCACCAAACUGGAUCUGAUGGAUGAAGGAACCGAUGCCAGAGACAUUCUGGAGAACAAACUGCUCCCACUGCGCCGAGGUUACAUUGGGGUGGUGAACCGCAGUCAGAAGGACAUCGAUGGGAGGAAAGACAUAAACGCAGCUCUGCAGGCCGAGAGGAAGUUCUUCCUGUCGCACCCGUCAUACCGACACCUGGCUGACCGCAUGGGCACUGCCUACCUGCAGAAAAUCCUCAACCAGCAACUGACCAACCACAUCCGGGACACUUUGCCAGCGUUACGCAGCAAGCUUCAGAGCCAGCUGCUGUCCAUCGAGAAGGAGGUGGAGGAGUACAAGAACUUCAGACCGGACGACCCGAGCCGCAAGACCAAGGCCCUGCUGCAGAUGGUGCAGCAGUUCGCUGUGGACUUCGAGAAGCGGAUCGAAGGAUCUGGAGAUCAGGUCGACACCUACGAGCUGUCAGGAGGAGCCAAGAUCAACCGAAUCUUCCACGAACGCUUCCCCUUCGAACUGGUCAAGUUGGAGAGUGAUGAGAAGACUCUUCGUAAAGAGAUCAGCUACGCUAUCAAGAACAUCCACGGCAUCAGGACGGGUCUGUUCACACCCGACAUGGCGUUUGAGACGAUCGUGAAGCGUCUGAUCGCUCAGAUCAAAGAGCCAUGUCAGAAAUGUGUCGACCUGGUGAUCAACGAGCUCGUCAACACCGUCAGGCAGUGCACUCAGAAGCUGGCUCAGUUUCCGAUGCUCAGAGAAGAGAUGGAGAGAAUCGUCACGCAGCACAUCAGAGACAGAGAGAGUCGCACCAAAGACCAGGUGAUGCUGCUGAUCGACAUCGAGCUGGCAUACAUUAACACCAACCAUGAUGACUUCAUCGGCUUCGCCAACGCCCAGCAGAAGAGCAGUCAGAUGAGUAAGAAGAAGGCGGCAGGAAACCAGGAUGAGAUCAUGGUGAUCCGUAAAGGCUGGCUGACCAUCAACAAUAUCAGCAUCAUGAAGGGCGGAGCUAAAGAGUACUGGUUUGUCCUGACAGCUGAGACACUGUGCUGGUACAAAGAUGAUGAGGAGAAGGAGAAGAAGUACAUGCUACCUGUGGACAACCUGAAACUCAAAGACAUCGAGAAAAGCUUCAUGUCCAGCAAACACAUCUUCGCCCUGUUCAACACCGAGCACAGGAACGUGUACAAAGAUUACCGUCAGCUUGAGUUGGCCAGUGAGUCUCAGGAGGAGGUGGACAGCUGGAAGGCUUCUUUCCUACGAGCUGGAGUGUACCCUGAACGCAGCGUGGAUAAAGAGAAGGUGGAGGCGGAGGAAUCAAGUGGGGACGGGCAGAUCCACAGUCUGGACCCUCAGCUGGAGCGACAGGUGGAGAUCGUCAGGAACCUGGUGGACUCGUACCUGUCCAUCAUCCACCGCACCGUCAGAGACCUGAUCCCCAAGACCAUCAUGCACCUGAUGGUCAACAACACUAAAGAGUUCAUCCAUGCAGACCUGCUGGCUCAGCUGUACUCCUGUGGAGACCAGAACAGCCUGAUGGAGGAGUCCCAGGAACAGGCUCAGCACCGUGAGGAGAUGUUGAGGAUGUACCACGCCCUGCGUGAAGGACUCCACAUCAUCGGUGACAUCAGCACUUCCACCAUCACCACGGCGAUGCCACCGCCUGUCGACGACUCCUGGCUGCAGGUGACUGGGAUGCCGUCUGGACGCAGGUCCCCCAUGUCCAGCCCCACCCCCCAGCGUCGGGCCCCUCCUGGACCUCCUCGUCCAGGCGGCCGGGCGGCCCCCGGCCCUCCGUCCCGCCCCGCGGUGUCACCUGACCCCGGACCCCCCUCCAUCCCCUCCCGACCCAACAGAGCUCCUCCGCCUGGAGUCCCCAGAAUCUCAAUCAGUGACCAGUGAGGAGUUCACCAAUGUCGGAGGGCUCCUGCAUCUCCAUCUGCAUCCUCCAGACCAGGAUCUGACUCCUCCCUCUGACAUCAUAUAUAAAUACACACACAUUAAAUUCAGCAUCAAGCGACUUAUUUUCAGAUGUACUGUAUUAUAUAUUCUUAGUUACUUUGAUUAGAGAGUAAUCAGUUACAGUGUUCCUGUCUGUGUAACGUGUUCGUGAUCACCUUCACACGAUGACCUCACACGAUGACCUCACAGGUACGACCUCACAGGUACGACCUCACAGGUACGACCAAUCACAGACUGAAGCAGGUUGUCUUGUUUCAUCCAGUCAAAGCACAGGCUCAGGUUACUGCAGUUCAGUAUGAGUCCAGUGGGGGGCGAUGGAGGACCUGAGUCAGAAACAUCUGUCGUGUUCUUUAGUGAAUCCGUCUCAGGAUAAACGUCACCGACCAGCUGUCUCGGUGACUUCGCUCUGUUCUACGUACAAAUAUUACGUUAACUUACCUGAUGUGUUUUAUUGAGACAGUACAGGCGGUAUUUUUAUCGGCCAGGAAGAAGAAGAAGAACAAGAGACACACACACACACACACACACACACACACACACACACAUUGUAGCUUUUGCCUUUCAGAUUUUCUCGUGGUCAUGUUGAGGAAAAGAUUAUGUCCAAUGUAUAAAACGUCCCAGUGGCUGCUGGACGAGUCCCAGUGGCUGCUGGACGAGUCCCAGUGGCUGCUGGAGGAGGCGCAGUGUGUCGCUGUGAAGCACAAACAUGAGUCAGGUCAGGUCGUCAUGCUGAAAGUUGUAUCUUUAAGGUGUAAUUAGUUUACAGGUUUAAUGUCUCCGCCUGUUGGAACAAUCGUCAGUUGUCUGUCUGGAGGUGAUUGUUGUUGUCAUGGUGACGUCAGUGAGUCUGUCGACACAGGAAGCUUUUUACAAUAAGACACGCCCCCACUGGUCCUCAGACAGGUAACUCAGGGGUCACUGAGGUCAUCUGCAGCAGGAAGGUCUGACUGUGUGACCCUCAGAUCUGUGAGCCAAUCAGAGGGAAGGAGAGUCCCUGAGGUCCACAGAGCUGAACCAAUUACAGACCAGGUUCCUGAUGUACAGACAGGCCCUGAAGUGUUCGUGUGUAGUUCACUGUCAUCAGCGUAAAGAUGGAUUCUACUCUUCACCUCUCUCUCUCUGUUUAUAUGACCUGUAUAUAAAACCAGCUCUCACUGGUUUCCAUGGUAACCAGCGGUGUUGCUGACUUACUGAUUUCCUGCUGAGUCACUGUUGUUCUCCUGUUUUCUUUUCUCUUCCUGUUUGUCAUUGUUCCCAGUCGUCCCAGUAAAGGUAGCCCCGCCCACGGAGAGAGCCCCCAGUCUUCUAUUGAGGGUUAACCUGACCCCACACCUGUGUGUGUGUGUGUGUGUGUGUGCGUGCGUGCGUGCGUGCGUGUGU